GCAAUAUCUUAUCUUUUAUAGUCAUUGUUCAAUGGGACCAAAUGUGAAAAUCGUCCAAAAUCGUCCAAAUAAAUUUAAAUUAUUCAGGAAGGUUUUGAGUUUGCAGGUUAUCACAGAUUAUAAGGAAAAGUAGUAAAUUCAAAACAUGUCCGAUUCGCAAGAAAAAAGGUCUCUCACAAUAGAAGAAUGGAAUUAUCUUACAAAGUAUUUUGUUGGAAAUACAUUUCGAUAUAGAGAUAACAUUAUAAUUCCCAAAGGUGUUGGACCCCUUCAAAUAAAAACAAAUGAAGAAAAGAUGGUAGAAACCUUUUUUGAGAGCUGUGCUUUUAAAUCUUUGAUGAGUUGUGUAGUGGGAUAUGGAUUAGGAGCAGCUAUAGGUUUGUUUUCAUCAAGUAUGGGUCCUGCUUCUGUUACAGAUACUGCAGAACCUCAAACCGCAAGGCAGGUGUUUAGAGAAAUGAAAACUACAACUUUGGGUUAUGCAAAGAAUUUUGCAGUGAUAGGAGCUCUGUUUUCUGGAGUGGAAUGUAUUAUAGAAUCAUCAAGAGGUAAGUCAGAUUGGAAGAACGGGACAUAUGCAGGUGCAGUAACAGGAGGGUUAAUUGGAUUAAGGGCUGGUGUAAAAGCCGGAGUAGUGGGAGCAAUGGGCUUUGCAGCAUUUUCAACAGCUAUUGAUUAUUAUAUGCAUAGUAGAUUCUGAUUUUAUGUUUUACACAUUGUAGAUAAUAUUGUAUAACGUAUGUUGUGAAUAAAUCGUUUAUUACUAA